AUGUAUGUGUUAGGGCACAGCGUAGGGCCGGAAGAAGACCAGGGAAGAUAUGUGAGGGGUGAUGAGCAGAGUACAGAGGACAUUCCUACAGAUAACCGGCCAGAUGACUGUACCAGGAACUUGGAGAAACAUCUGGCAUCUUCAGAUUUUGAAGUAGAUGAUUGUGGUAUCAUACAAGAUAUAUAUGAAGAGCAUGCCAAUAUCCAAAAUAUACCCUCAUCCAAUCACAGCAACAAUGCAACAUUUGAUACUUUUAAACAGGUCCAAUCUUCUGAUUCAUCACAGACUGUAACACAGAAUAAAAGUCACAGAAAAGGUGUUAAACAUCAAACUCACGUAAGAGGGAAGCCAGUUUCAUGUUCAGAAUGUGGAAAAUGUUUUAGAUAUAAAUCAGAAUUAGUGAGACAUCAGAGAAUUCACACAGGAGAGAAGCCAUUUUCAUGCUCAGAAUGUGGGAACUGUUUUAAGUAUAAACAUGGUCUUGUUAAACAUCUGAGAAUUCACACGGGAGAAAGGCCAUAUCCAUGUUCAGAAUGUGGGAAAUCUUUUAAAAGUAAAACAGAUCUUGUUAUACAUCAGAGAACUCACACAGGAGAGAAGCCAUAUCCAUGUUCAGAAUGUGGGAAAUGUUUUAAGUAUAAACCAGGUCUUGUUAAACAUCAGAGAAUUCACACGGGAGAAAGGCCAUAUCUAUGUUCAGAAUGUGGUAAAUCUUUUAAUAGUAAAACAGAUCUUGUUAUACAUCAGAGAACUCACACAGGAGAGAAGCCAUAUCCAUGUUCAGAAUGUGGGAAAUGUUUUAAGAGGAAAACGGCUCUUGUUAUACAUCAGAGAGGUCACACAGGGGAGAAGCCAUUUUCAUGUUCAGAAUGUGGGAAAUGUUUUAAGUAUAAACAAGGUCUUAAACAUCAGAGAAUUCACACGGGAGAAAGGCCAUAUACAUGUUCAGAAUGUGGGAAAUGUUUUAAGAGGAAAACGGCUCUUGUUAUACAUCAGAGAGGUCACACAGGGGAGAAGCCAUAUCCAUGUUCAGAAUGUGGUAAAUCUUUUAAUAGUAAAGCAGAUCUUGUUAUACAUCAGAGAACUCACACAGGAGAGAAGCCAUAUCCAUGUUCAGAAUGUGGGAAAUGUUUUAAGAGGAAAUCGGCUCUUGUUAUACAUCAGAGAGGUCACACAGGGGAGAAGCCAUUUUUAUGUUCAGAAUGUGGGAAAUGUUUUAAGUAUAAACCAGGUCUUCUUAAACAUCAGAGAAUUCACACGGGAGAAAGGCCAUAUACAUGUUCAGAAUGAAACAAAUCUUGUUAUACAUCAGAGAACUCACACAGGAGAGAAGCCAUAUCCAUGUUCAGAAUGUGGGAAAUGUUUUAAGAAGAAAUCUGCUCGUUAUACAUCAGAGAGGUCACACAGGGGAGAAGCCAUUUUCAUGUUCAGAAUGUGGGAAAUGUUUUAAGGAUAAAUCAGGUCUUGUUACACAUCAAAGGAUUCACACAGGGGAGAAGCCAUUUUCAUGCUCAGAAUGUGGGAAAUAUUUUAAGUAUAAACAAGGUCUUGAUACACAUCAGAGAAUUCACAUAGGAGAGAGUCCAUAUCCAUGUUAAGAAUGUGGUAAAUUUUUUAACAGUAAAUCACAUAUUAUUAUACAUCAGAGAACUCACACAGGGGAGAAGCCAUUUUCAUGCUCAGAAUGUAGGAAAUGUUUUACGUAGCAAUCGGCUCUUAUUGCACAUCAGAGAAUUCACACAGGGGAGAAGACAUUUUCAUGCUCAGAAUGUGGGAAAUGUUUUAAGCAUAAAUCAAAUCUUGUUUCACAUAAAAAAAAACUCACAUAGAGAAGCCAUCUCCAUGCUUAGCCCAUUAGUGGCCACCCUUAUGUGUUUUUAUGGUAGUCCGUGUCGCUAACUGUUUUAUCCGUCAGAUACUCCUUUUUACAGGGAGAUAAAACAGAACCUUGCUUUGAGUUACCAGAGGUGGCUGAGGGCUUGGAGUGAUGAUUGGGACCACUGUGAGAGCUCCCCAAACACGUAUUGUCUCCUGUAUUGAAUGAAUACCUGUCAUCUAAGGACAGAUCCAGUUAAAAGUGAAAGUUUAUAUAAACUGGAUUCCAAAAAAGUUGGGACACUAUACAAAUCGUGAAUAAAAACUGAAUGCAAUGAUGUGGAGGUGCCAACUUCUAAUAUUUUAUUCAGAAUAGAACAUAAAUCACGGAA